AUGGCCGAUAGGGUGGAUACUGAGCAAUCUGAAAGUCGUGUGCAUCACCACUACGUUGGAGAUGGAGAAGCAGAAGCAGAAGUUGUUUCUCGAGACAUCACACAAGUCACUGUUGAUUCUUCGACGCAGAAAAUCCAAAAUGAAUCAUUCUUUCAGUGUCACCACCUUUACAAGGUUGAUUUCUCACGUGCAACAAGCCUAGACACUAUUGGCCAGUGGGCCUUUUACGAAUGCCGCUCUCUGUGUGAAAUGAUCCUACCUCUUUCACUGGUCUACAUUGGAAGUUAUGCUUAUUACGAAUGCUCCAACUUAGUCGACUUGGAGUUACCCUAUGGUCUGGAAGUGAUUUCAGCAGCAGCAUUCUCUUGCUGCCGGUCUUUGGUUAACAUCACGAUUCCUUCCACAGUGCGACAGCUUCGAGUUGGAACUUUUUCUCACUGCGAGGGCUUGGAAUCUGUUGAAUUGCCCUCCAAACUAGAGUCGAUUGCCAGCGAGGCCUUUGGUGCUUGUUCCUCGCUGAAGAACAUUGCCAUACCUAUGGAUACUAAAGUUGCGUCCAAUGCGUUUCGAGCUUGUAACUCGCUUUUGAAAGCCUGUCACAUUGGAAAGGAAGAAAACCUAAACGAUAAUUCAACGCAACAAAACAACGAGAUCAUCGUUUGUGUCCUAAAGGAGCGGCUCUUGCACCACCCUUUACACAAAAUAUGUUAUUAUCAAUCCAAUACAAGCGGAUCCCAACCAAUCACUCUAGCAUCAGAAUCACUGAUGCAAUUUGCCAUGGACCGUGAUCCCCUUGGCAUGAUGCCAUUGCACAUUCUUUCGAUUGCAGCAAAACCAAACUGGAAAUACAUCCACACUGCAUUGCAACUGGAAGGAGGAGCUGAUGCGUGUUUGCAUGCAAGAGAUAGUUGGGGUCACACUCCGUUUGAUUAUCUUGCCAGAAAUAGAAAUGUUGAUUCAGCAUCUUGGAAAGAAACAUUGGCAAUUCUGUUUUGGAAACGGGUUUUGCAAUUGGGCCUUAAAACAUGGCGGGUAGCAAUGGUACAAAAAAUUGGAAAAGUCGAUGGAUCGUUGGCCAAAGAACGUGGUCAAUCGUUUCGUGAGAUCGAUAGUAAACUGAAAAACUACGAGGCCAGAGAUAGAUCGUCGAUUUUGGAACUUUGUCUCUGGAAGCAUGAAUUGAAUUCGACAAUAUCCGAAGUUGAAAGCAGCAGCAUUGAAGCAUCUCGAGUCAUAUGUCGAUUGACAUGCUGUGCAGAAGUUGUGGUUCCGAAUGUCUUGGUAUUCUUGUGA